AUGGCUGAAAUGGGGGAACCUCUGUGGAUCCCAAAUCGUUCUGAUCGUAGUAUCGGGUUCAAGUUGAAUGAGGAUGAGUAUUUUCAGAUUUUCCCCAUAGGAUUUGGACCUCGCCCUGAAAGUCUUUACUGCGAGUCCUCUCGCCACUCCACCACCCUUAAUAUUAGUUCCCAUUCUCUUCUGGAUUUUUUUAUGUGUCAGCGACAUGUUUGGAAAAUCUUGUCGAGUGGAUUGUCUCCAGGAAAUUAUAAUGGUGCAUUGCAAGUGACUCCUUUUGUUCAUAUCUGUGACAACCUGUUGGCAAGGUACUGCAGGCAAGUGGGUGAAAAAAAGUGGGUAGUGGUGGACGUUUCUCUUGACAUAUUUCAGGAAUUCCAUCUAGUGAAAUCGAGGAAAAGGCCUUCCGGGUGCAUAAUUGAAGAUACGCCCAACAGAUUCACAAACGUGACAUGGAUAGAGCACGUUGAAGCACAACACGUGACUGAUGUUCAUCCAAUCUACAAGGCUCUGGUCAGUUCCGGGUUAGCUUUUGGCGCCAAACGUUGGCUUGGUAUUCUCCAGAGCCAAACUGAUCGUCUCUUCAUUGUCAUGUCCAACACCCUGCCCUUUUCCGAUAUCACUUUGGCGAUGAGUACGGAAAGUAAAAGGAGCCAUACUUGGUUGUCUGAGAGGAAGGUAAGGAUCUUUAAUACGGGAGUGAGUGUGGCUACAGGGAAUGUUUGGAAUAUAAUUCCAUACAGUGGCCCAAAUAAAAUUAGAGUUCUCAAGAUCAGGAACACAGAUAUUCCCGGUCGUCCUAUAGGGGUCAUCCUUGUCGCUACAUAUUCCAAGUAA